GUGAGUAACGUGACAUAACCUACUAGUAAACCUAACCUGCAGUAAUGUUGUUGAACGCGCUACUCGAGACAUAAAAAUAUUGAGAAGUUUAAUAAUAAUCAACAAAGUUUGGAUUAUAAUCUCGAAAAUGUUACGAAGACAGGCGCGAUUACGUAGAGAGUAUCUCUACAGAAAAUCCAUACAGGAUAAGGUGAAAGGUAUUCAGGAGAAAAAAGACAAGUUGAAGCGCAACUUGGACGAGAAUGUACCGAUUCACCCGGACCUGAGGAAAAGUGCGUUGCACGUGCAGAGGAAGAUCGAAUGGGAGGAUGCCGGGCCGCAGAUGGCGAUGGCCAUGGGUACGGAAAUGGGUGGUGGUGCCGUGGCCAGCCACCAGGACGACGAGUAUCGCUGGGCCGGCGUGGAGAACCCGAAGAUCGUCAUCACGACGUCCCGAGAUCCGAGCUCCCGACUGAAGAUGUUCGCCAAGGAGCUGCGUCUAAUAUUUCCCAAUUCGCAGCGCAUGAAUCGCGGUAACUACGAGAUGAAAGAGUUGAUCCAUGCCUGUCGUGCCAACGACGUCACCGACUUCAUCAUCGUGCACGAGCACCGGGGUGUUCCUGACGCCCUGAUAGUAUGUCAUCUGCCAUACGGACCGACUGCCUACUUUACACUGUCCGGUGUCAUAAUGCGACAUGAUAUACCUGAAAUUGGCACGAUGUCAGAGCAAUAUCCACAUUUGAUAUUCCACAACUUUAAGACAAAACUAGGAAUAAGAGUGAUGAACAUUCUAAAGUACUUGUUUCCUGUGCCGAAGGAAGAUAGCAAGAGAGUGAUCAGUUUCGCUAAUCAUGAUGAUUACAUAUGCUUUCGACAUCAUACGUAUAAAAAUGUGCAUGGAAAAGAUAUCGAAAUGACAGAAGUUGGACCACGUUUCCAGAUGAAGCUAUAUGAGAUCAAAUUGGGAACUCUGGACACUGAAUCAUCAGCCGAUACGGAAUGGGUAUUGAGGCCCUAUAUGAAUACGACUCACAAAAGGAGAUUUCUAUCUGAUGAAGAUGGUUGGCAGCAAGAAGACACCAUUUAAUUUAAUUAUAUGAAUAGAAUCACACUCAUAUACACACGCACACAA